AUGUCCGUUGCUCUGGAACUCGAGUCCGCAAACGCUAAAUACGCCGCCUCAUUCAACAGAGGCACUCUCCCUCUUCCUCCAGCCCGAUCAGACCCCGCCCGAGCCCUAGGCCUCGAAGAAGGCGACGCCCACGUAAUCCGAAAUGCAGGCGGACGGGCCACAGAUGCACUGCGCAGCAUCGUCAUUUCGCAGCAAUUACUCGGGACGAGAGAGAUUAUUAUUGUGCACCAUACCGAUUGUGGAAUGCUUACGUUCACGGACGAUGUGAUCCGUCACAAGAUCCGGACGGAUCUCAAGCAGAAUGUGGAUCAUAUUGCGUUUUUGCCAUUUGGGGACUUGAGGCAGAGCGUUUUGGAAGACGUUGGUAUUUUAAAGGAUAGUCCGCUUGUCCUGGAUGUUCCUGUUACUGGGUAUAUAUAUGAGGUGGAGACGGGAAGGAUUGUGAAGGUUGAGUGA